CCGGCACAGCAAGCUAUUACACAGCCUCUGAACACACACCCAUUCACACACACGCACACACACACACACACACACACACACACACCUGUGACUCCAGCAGAGUACUCAGACCAGAACAGAGGAGGACUCUACCCCGGGAAGAGGCGCAAUUAAAUCCUUGAACUCCCUGCUGGCAUCUCAGAAGCCAGUUGACUUUGACUUCAGAAACAUGCAUUUUCGAGUGCGAAGGGAGUGAGCUGAGCUCAGGGGAUCACCUUCAGUCAGCAGAUAAUCCAGAAGUUAAGGACAGAGCGAGAAGGCCAAGAGUCCAGAGGAGACUCGACAAAGGAGAGGGUGGGCUUACGUUCUCGAGAUGGAACAGCAAACGCAGAUUUGGCACAUGCAGGUCGACCCCCAGGUCGCUGGCGGCGAGCUGCAAAAGAAGUUGUCAGUCGUGAGCCAGCCGGAGUGCUCCAUCUGCUUCAACACCUACGACAAUGUCUUCAAAACACCCAAGCUGCUGGAGUGCACCCACACCUUCUGCCUGGAGUGCCUCUCCCGCCUCAUGGCCGUCUCGGCGUCUGAGCAGGACGGUAACGACGCCAGCACUCGCCUCUCUUGCCCCUUCUGCCGUCACCCCACCCAGCUGCCAGAGGAGGGACCCCCGGCCCUGACCACCAGCCACGACGUCCUCAACAAGCUGCCCAGCCACCAGCAGCAGGUGGAGCCGGUGUGGCUGGACGGGGAGAAGCUGUGCUACAAAAGCGCCGGUCCGGACGCCGGCCCAGGCGCCCCUGACAGUCCCACGCCCCUCUGCAUAUGCAUUGACAUCGGGGCCAGCAAGAGAGCGAACACCCCGGCCCAGACGCGGCCCCGGACUUUCAGCCGGCUGGAUCGUCUGGCGGAUUGGAAGAGGCUGGUGCUCUUCAUCGUGCUCAUGGUGCUGCUUUUUGUCGUGGUGUUGUGGCCGCUGCAGUGUAUGUUCAGCACUGGGAACAUGCGCUGCGUGCCGACGCCAGAGUCAGAGUCAGUCGGCCCCUCCACCACCACGCCCACUAUUACUUUCAGCCCAAACUAGACUGACUGAACUACACUGUAACUGUACAUAAGACUGUAUAUGAGCCAUUAGUAAUAUCUACUAAUAUCUGACAGUGUAAAUCUUUUGUGCAUAAUUGCACUUUUGGUAGGUGUACGUUAUUGCUACACACAACUGUAAACACCUCAGAUUUUUUAACCUCCAGCAGAACCACAGAUCCUAAAGCCAGCGUGUGUAGGUUUUUUAGAUUUCUGACUUUAGCACCCCCCAGUGGUGGUUUCAAACAAGACGCUGUGGCAGACGGCACCACGGGACAGAGAUGAAAGGGCUGAAAUCAACGCAGACUGCGCCAAUCUUCAGCAGGGCUCUGCGUUAUCGUGUCAUAUGCCAUCAAUCAUCACAUGAUCACAUAGAAACUCCACACGUUGCGGCUUUGACUCUACAAAGCUGGAAUUUAAGCUUUUCAACAGUCAUACGUUAGCAGGAGCACAUAACUAAACUGUUCGUACAAGCUGAUACAAAUCACCAGCAGAGGGAGAUGAACUCUAUCAUGUUCAACAACGACACAAAAACGUUUUGCACUUAAAUCAACACCUGUAGAUUGAAAUUAGAGAAGACUUUGCGGUCUCACUGGUUUGAUGGAUUUUGUUGACUCUUCACAGCAGGUAGCAGAACAUGAGUGGGCUGACCUGUUGACGUUGAAACUCACAGCUGUGUUCAAGCCAAACAGUGAAGUUCAACACUGACAUUUAAUAAUGAAAUGUGAACUUUGCUUUGCAAAUAUCCGGAUGGCUGAAGAACAACAAAUGGACGAGUUUACAGUAACAAAAAAAAAAGUCUGUCAGAAAUGAAAACGAAUGUA